AUGAAUGCAGAUUCUACAAAACGUUCUGAAAAGAGAAGAAACGGUGUUGGUCGGACGGUGAUGUCCGAAGGCGGAAAAUCGACUGCACUGAAAAAAGACAGGCAGCGCUGUCAUCAGGCUCGAGACGAAUACUUGGAGUGUGUUGACAAAGGAUUAGACGCGGGAAAAACAGAAGAUCAGGCAUCUCGAGCGUGUCGCGCUGAACUAAAAACAUUCAGAGGCAGUUGUCCCGCAUCUUGGGUGGACCAUUUUAUAAGAAAACAUAAUUUUGAGCGUUAUAAGCGGACAAUAGCUGAACAAGGAGUACUCUGGGCGCCUUCAAGGAUAAGAGACCUAUCCAACGCAGCUAGUAAACCACCUCGCCGGCGGAAAUCUGUUGCUGCUAAGAAAAUUCCAUUGCAGUCUUAUGUGGAUAUUGGUGUUGAUCCUCCUUUGUCUCUUCCAAUAAAGGAAGGGGUACUGAAAGAAAAGUCGCUAAAUGUUAGUUUGGAAGAAACUGCAAAGCUUACUGUAUUACCAAAGGUCCAACCUCAAGAUAUUUCGAAAAAACUAAGGAUGGAUCCAUCGCAUUCCAAUAUGGAACCGAUUAUGAACAUCCAGGAAUACUCGUUCAUUUUGUCAUUGGUCGAGGAGGAACCUGUUGACUCGCAUCCACUGCUUAAAGUGGUGGAUUUUUCAAAUUUAUCUUCGGCUAGUGAGAUUCCUCUUCACACCAAUUUCCAUCGCUUUCUCUCUUCUCUUCGCCUCUGCCACAAGUUCAAGUUUGCAUGCGAAGUGAUUCAAAGUCGUCUGAACACUCUCUCUGCACCCGCUUUGCUCGAAGCAGCGCGACUGUUGGCGAAUGCCGAGAUGCACAGACGCUGCUCGCUGAGGAGCCAUUCGUCGAGGACGGAAGAAUUUGGUGACACUGUCAGUCUUGCCGGUAGUCUGCGAGAUCAGCUGAAAGGACUUCGUCUACCUAAGUCAAUGUCGAUCACAAUUCACAGCUUACUGGACUAUGUGACUGAUCCGAAUCAUGCCGUUUCCACAUUUUCCAAAGAAGCAUUCAAGCAUUCCAUCUAUCGUCAAGAAAUCCAUCAGAAUCUGGCAUGUGCUGCCCUCGAAUCGGAACAAUGGCCCAUUUUCAAGCUAAUCAUGGAAUCGUGUCCCUUAUCUGCUCACUACUCACCCUACUUGGUUUUUCAUAUAGUUGAUUUUGUCAUUAGGAAUCCGAAAAGAAAGCUGGAUGUGGUGGAAUGGUAUAUGAAUGCGCUUUCACAAGAACGUCAGCCUUUGUCCCAGUUGCAGUGGUCCAAAUAUACCUCCAGUAUCCUGAAAGUUUGUGGCUCCCAAGCAAAUCCAGUUAAUGUAACAAAGCAAGGGACGUUCAGUACACUCUCAGGAAAGACUUUACCAUUUUCCGUCCCCAAAGAAGAACCUAUCGACGAAUUAGACUUCAAUUGUCUUAAAGCAGAUCUUAAUAAUAUGUUAAAUGAACUUUGCAGAGGCAGUGGAAGUGUCACUAAAAAGGAAGUGGAAGGAAUGCGACGCUGCAUUCGAUCAUGGUCGAGAGCUCACGAAAAGGCUAUCAUCAUCGAUUCGUUGAACGUUUUUCAUGGAGCAUUAAAAGGUCUCGAGCCACUUGUGAGGAUAACAAACAGGUUGGCGGCCGAAUAUGAAAAUGCUGUCUUAGUAACACGACCGUUUCUAGUUGAGAAGUUGAAGAACGUUCGAUGGCGAGGCCAAGUUCGGGUUUUCUCCUGCUCCACACUAUCCGAAGACGAUCUCCUCGUCUUACUAGCAGCCGUAGAAUGGGGUCCCAAUGCAUAUGUGCUUAGCGAUGAUCGAUUUUCACUACAUGUUGAACGUGCACGCUGCACAGGUCGCCUAUCGCUUCGAGAUUGGAUGCGUCGAAGAAUGUUGAGGUUCAACCGCCAGGAUUGGCAGUAUGAUGAACUCCCAUCCUAUGCUGAAUUUGUUCAAAAAGUGAAUCCAGAAACUUAUUUUCUGCCAGUAAUGGAAGAGACUCCUGGAAUUCCUGAACGUUCCUCGUUCUUGGUGACUUAUUGA